GCUGGGAGAAAGAAUCCAAAAGGAUCACGGCAUAUAUAGAAGUAGUAGCGAAGCACACACUCACAACACAUAACCCUGUUAAGCAUAGAAAAGAGAGAGAAUAACAGAGAAAUUUUACAAUGGAAUGGAGAUCGUAUUAUCUUGAUAUGAUGCUUGUGCCAUUAGCAUAUCUGGUAAACGUUGCUUAUCAUCUUUGGUUGUGGCAUAAAACUCGCACGCAACCCUUUUCCACCACUAUUGGAAUCAAUGCUCAUGCACGACGCUUCUGGGUGCCCACCAUGUUGAAGGACAUUGAAAAGAAGAACAUCCUAGUGGCACAAAGUCUUAGAAACUUGAUUAUGGGAUCAACCCUUAUGGCCACCACAGCCAUUCUUCUCUCAGCUGGUUUGGCAGCAGUGAUAAGCAGCACCUACAGUGUGAAAAAGCCUCUUGAUGAUGUUGUGUAUGGUGCUCACAGUGAAUUCAUGAUAGCACUGAAAUAUGUGACACUCCUCACCAUAUUUUUGUUCUCGUUUUUUUGCCACACUCUAUCAAUAAGGUUCCUGAAUCAGUUGAGCAUCCUUAUUUGCACACCACAAGAUGCUAUGUCCUUGGUGACCCCAGAGUAUCUGACAGAGAUUUUGGAAAAGGGAACUGUGUUGAACACUGUGGGGAACAGGAUCUUCUACUCUGCAAUUCCUCUUUUGCUUUGGAUCUUUGGGCCAGUGCUUGUUCUUUUGUGCUCUGUUGCCAUGUUGCCUGUGUUCUACAACCUUGACUUUGUUUGUGGGAAAGUAAAGAUGGUGGUGAAUGAUAAAAGUGACUUAGCUUGAUUUUCUGGUGUUCGCUUCAGCCAAGACCAAGAACAUGGAAUAGAUAAGAUUGUUGCGUAUGUGUUGUUUCGAACUUGUAAUGUAAAGGUAGUAUAGAAGCUUUAUCGAAAUAAUUCAAAAUGGCUUUUGAUAAGUGGCUUUGAAUAAGAUUACCAUUAGCCUUUUAUGUGUCGCCAAAGCUUUUUCUGUGUGGCACUAAAAGAUCUUUUCA